AUGACUGCUUCGGCAGAGACCGGUUUUGUCAGGUUAGCCGCAGUACGUUGCCCCAAAAAGGGGGACAUGCGCACCCGCAUCGAUAAGAUCAGGGACAUGUGGGAACAGCUAAGCUCUGCUGGCGUACACCUCAGCAUCAAGGAUAAGUCUUCAAUUGUCAUGAGGUCCUUGCCCCCAGCAUACGCCUCAUUCAUAUCCUCAUUAUCUGCCGCUGCUCAUAUGAAUGGAAAGACGGUAGAUCCAGAGACUUUAAUCACGUACCUUCUCCAGGAAUACAAUUGCCUCACGAUCUCCUCCAAGAAACCGAGCACAAACCCUAAGAUGGAGAAUGCAGCUAUGGCUGCCACCUUCAACUCAACAUCCUCCUCAACGCGUCGAGGAAACCGAGGAGGUUGA